AAGCAAUUUGCGCUGCUGAGCCGUGCUUGGGCCGCACUGUUGGCCAAAGGCUCUGGCAAAGCUCAUUUCGCGUUGUCCCAUCCCGCCGUUGCUAUGGAUGGGACGUGCUGCAAGGGCUGUCCUGGUACCGUGCCACGGCGGCAGUCACCUGGCGUGAGCUGGGCGGACUUGCUGGGUGAGGUGACGCAGCUGCAAGAACUGCUGGAGGCUCCCGACCAGCUGCUGGCCAGUAUCAAGGUUCAGCAGGGCGCCGUGGAGGCCUAUCUCAACGACUUGGAGACACAGCUUCAUGAGUCCAGGUCGGCAAUCAGCUGUCUCACAGAGAAGGUGCAGCAACAGGUGACCUUUGUUGAGACUCAGGAGGAGAUUUCAUUGAUCCCCAUCAAUGACCCCGCGGUCGAGGACUCCACUAUCUUGGAGAAGUCUCUAGAAAAGCCUGGCGAGACGGAGGGCAAGGAGAGGGGAGAGGAGGAAGAGGCAGAGGAGGAAGAUGAAGAGGACGAGGCAAGGAAGGAAGGUACCCUGAUGGCAAAGAUCAUGGAGCUCGAUACUAGUUCCCCAAAGCAUCCACCCCUGAGUGCAGUUUUGAAGAAGGGCUGGUGGAGAACUAUUGAGUGGUUUUGCAGGAUCCUGGUACACAGCCCGCGUUUUGAAUACGCAAUCUCCUGCGUGAUCUUGGUCAAUGCGAUUGUCAUCGGCGUGGAAACUGAUUUGAGUGCACAAGGCCUUUGGGUGGAAUGGACCACGGUAUUGGAGAUCGUGUUUUUGGUGAUUUAUACUUUGGAGAUAGUUGUCCGCCUCAUCGCAGACAAGAUGAAAUGUUUCUGCGACUACUGGUUCCUCUUCGACUGCUUGCUGGUGGUGAUCAGCCUCUUCGGGCAGAUCUUUGCGGCGGUCGCCACAGUGCCCUCAAUCAUCCAGCAGGUCUUGGUUCUACGCGCGCUUCGCUUGCUUCGUCUCAUCCGAGCACUUCGAAUGAUCAGACAGAUGCGCACAAUUUGGCGGCUGGUGUUCGGAUUGCUGACCUCCUGCGACACCAUGAUUUCCACGCUGGCACUGCUGGUGCUUGUUCUCUACAUCUUCGCAGUCCUGGGCGUAGAGAUGAUUGCGAACGAUGAGACCUUGCGGGAAGAUGCCGGAACAAAAGCGAUCAUUGAGUUGAAUUUCAGCGGCAUUUUUGUCACAAUGAUGACUCUGUCCCAGUUUGUCACCAUGGAUUCGAUCGCCUCCAUUUAUUUCCCAUUGAUCAACAAGAAGGGAUCGCUGAGCAUCUACUUCACGCUCCUGGUCAUCACAGUCUCCAUUGCCUUGAUGAACUUGGUCACGGCGGUGCUGGUAGAAGGCGCCCUGGAGCAUGCCCGCCAGGAGAAGGAGGAAGAGGUGAAGCUGGGCAACGAGCAGGUCAAAGCCAUGAUCCCGCAGCUCCGAGAUAUCUUCACCAAGCUGGACCGGGAUGGGAACCAGGAGAUCCACCUUAAGGAGAUUCAGCAGGCAGAGCGCGACGGAAAGGUGAAGGUGCCGGACAACAUUCUUGACAAGGCUUCUGUGCAGAGCAUGACGGAGUUGUUCAGCAUGCUGGAUGUGGACAAGUCUGGACACCUGAACUGUGAGGAAUUCAUCGACGGCUGCCUGAACAUCUUCCUGCUUGACAUCCCCCUGCGGGACCUGAUGAUGCUUAAGAUGAUACGCCUGCUGCGGAAUGGGGUACAUGACAUCGAACGGGACAUCUCGGAUAUGAAGCGCGUCCUGGUGGAAACCAGCAAUUCGCAGUACCAAGUUGCCAGAGCUUGAGAUUGCGACUCCCUCGCAACACGCGAUGGGAUGCCUCUGGCCGCGCUCCUCCGCCUUUCGGCCGUGGCAUUCGUUUUGAAAACGCGGGCAGCAUGUGCGAUGUGGAGGGCUGCUUCGGGCCAAGCGGCCCAGAACCCAAAGACCUAGGAGCCUGUGGCACGGACCGCAAUUUUUCUCGGCCCUGCCACGUGUCCUUCCCAAAAGGGAAGUGGUUUCCUUGAGCUCCUAGGCCUUAAGGAUGUCUUCUUGAGGCCCAGGAGUGUAGAGCGUGCGUGUCACUUGUUGGUAUGCCAGGAUAUGAUGGCUGCAUUCACCACGAAACUGACCGCGAGGCAUUCGAUUGAAUCGAAGCCUUGGAGUCACCUCGGAGCUUUGUCC